GCCAGGUUCAUAGAAGAAGAAGAGCGGAAGGCGCGUUCGAGACUGUUUUGAAUGUUGAAAACUGCUGCACGUGACAGACCCAUAAAGUCCCGCCAUGAAGGCAGAAGGCCACAAAUUUCAGGAUUUGGAGGAGACUUGCAAUGCUCUGCUGGAUUACAUCAAGAGCAGCCAGUUUGAGAGUCUGAUCAAAGUGAAAGAGGAGCACCAGCUUCUGUUCGAUGUACUGGAUGAAACACAAAGCGCUGUGGCUGAAAUGUUAAAAGACAUGGCUCAGGUCGAGGAGACUGUUGCUCAGAGUCUGCUUGACUUGGAGCGGGAGAAGGAAGCAAGAGAAGAGGGCCUCGUGAAACUGGAGAAGGAGCUGAAGCAGAGCACAGCCAAGAGCCAGAUCACUGACUCGGAAAUAGAAUUUCUCCAGAGAGAAAUAGAGAUGCUAAGAAGCAGUGAAGACGAGCUGGAGGGUCUCAGGAACGAGGUGCAGGAAGAUACAACUGAGGUCAUUCCUUCAGCCAUCUACGUCGCCAAGUUGUUCUACCUGAUAACUAAGAUCAAGUGGGAAUACGACACGGAGCCGCAUGUCCUGAAAGGAGUGCAUUAUGGAGCUGAACUGGCCCGGCCCAUCAGCUUCGACACGUCCGUGAUGUCCCGUAAAGAGGUGAGCGACCAGCUGUGGAGCCUCAUCAGCCAGGAGUGAUCGAGGAAAGAUGGCUCUGAUGGAAGUUCUGUUCAGAUGCUUUGGAUUCCAGUCAUGUUGCUAUCACGUGUUGUCCCUUACAACAGCCAUGUCUACUUUAUUAAAUGUAUAUUAUACAGGUAUAUUAACGUUCACUCCUCUGGUUCUGUAAACGCUCACGGUCAAUGCUCGCUAUCGGCCACUAGGGGUCGCUGCAGAUCUGUUUUUUAGUCUUCAUUGACGCCGAGAAAUUCUGAUGUAAAAUGGUUUGAAACAGGCCUCUUUUUUGUUUUUCAUACUCUUAUAAAGAACCACAAUAUACCGCUUAAUAGCUCACCUCUUUGGACAGAGUGCAACUUAUGAUGCAAUAUUUCUCACUGCUUCACCCUUAUAUAUUUAUCCGCUCUAGCUGUAAAUGUAUGUUUUUCAAUCACAUUUUUGAUUAUAAAUUAUUGUAGAUUCAACUUGAAAAAUAAUUGCAAUCAUAUUUGAUGUUUACUUUAGUCUUAUUCUUUGAACAAGUAUUGGCUUUAUCCCAACAAUUGAAAUGUUUGUAGUGUUUCUUGCUGCCAAGAUUAAAUAGAUUACAUCAAAUUAAAGAACACAUAUAGAUCUAAAAUAUUCAAUAAUGAUAUAUUAUAUUAUUAUAAAUUGAAUGAAGCCCUCUUUUUUUCCUCUCCAUCUGUAUUUUCACCCAGCAGUUGGACUACUGGAUGGUGAUGACAGGUUGGCUGCAUUAUUCCCAUAUUAAUUUGAGUAAGCUUGUCGACCAAUAUUGCGUGAUAGAAUUGCAGUUUAGAAUAAAGCGGCUACUGGUGAUGUCUUUGAUUUGUAUCUU